AUGAGUGACGAAACUGUAAAAGACGACAGGGUAACUGCUGAACCUAUUUCGGAAUUGAAGGAAGCAGAGACUCCCGUUAAAACCGAAGAUGAUCCAGCCAUAGAGUUAUUCCCUGGUGCUUCAAACUGGCUGAACGCCGGAAGUUCGUGGCUGACGACUGCUCGAGAGAAGACCAUGAAAACUUUCGAUAUGGUCAAGAAAGAUCUGAGUGAGUUCUCAGAAGCAAUGUCAACAGAAGUUGCUGGGUUAACUUCUGCGGCAAAAGGAGGAUUGGACAGUACUGUAACUGUCGUCAAACAGCAAGCUCAGUAUUUGGAACGUUUAGUAACCCCUGAAGAUGAAGAAAAAGAUUUUGCUGAAGAAGUUCAAGAGGAGAAUGUAGAAAACGAUCCUAAGGAAGACAUAAUAUCCAAGGUAGAGAAAAGUGCGUCGAUGGGUUUCGGUUGGAUGAAAUCUCUGGUGGAUACCGUGACGGAUACUGUCAAAAACUUGGGUGUUGAAGAAAGCAUGAAGGGCGAAGAAGCCUUCACCGAACAAAUUAAACCUCGAGUUAUGCGAAAUACCAAAAUAAGUCAGAUAAAACUGCAGGAAAUUCAAACAAACGAGGGUACUUAUUUGGAAGAACCUUCUAAUAAAGAGGCUUUUGAAUCUUGGCUAACUCGUUUUAAUAAGAGUGAAUACGAUGGAGAAAUCAACAGUCUCUUGUCCAACUACCCACCAAUGAGACAAAUUUAUUCCAGUCUGGUGCCUGCUGUGAUUAAGGCUGACAUAUUCUGGACGCGGUACUUCUUCGCCGUAGAGAUGGCCGAAGUUGAUAAUGAAAUGAAUUCGACCUUUACGCUCAAGGAGCUCAAUGUUAAGACCGAUUCCAAAGGAAAGAAUGUUAUUGAAAAGAACGAUUCUCCUGGAUCCGAUGGAUCGAUGGCCAUUGUGGAGGAACCCACCAGUCCUGAUAAAUCCGAUGACUGGAGUAUGUGCAGUGAAAAAAAUGAUGAACUGGCUAAUAACUCGGAAGAAACUGAUGCCGGACCAGUCACCCCAAAGCCAACAAAUCCUGACUCAGGGAAGAAAGAGGAUGGUUGGGUUGAUUGGGAUGAGUAA